ACGUGUUAUUUGGUUUCCAGGCGCGGUGGGCGGAUGUCGGGCGGCGGCGCCGGGCUCAUGUCGUGCGUGCGCGAGGGCUCCCUGGAGCCGCCCUACCGACCGCCGCACAGCGAGCCGCACAACCAUGGCGAAGGGCGCACAGGCAGGUUCCUGCGCGGACUGCGGCGCAUGUUCAAGCGGCGCGGGAGUGGCGCGCGCGCGGCUUCGCCCGACCCCAAGAGCAGCUCCACCAGCGAGCUGCUGGACGCAGACCGCCAUGCCAGGAGAAAAGAGGGAGUGUACGGCAGCGGGCUGUCGGUAUCGCACGACUCGGUGUUCACGGGCGAGCGCUCGGGCGACGAGUCAAGCGACGAGCGGCCGACGCCGGCGCACGGGCUCGGCCACGUCGCCACUUCACACCGGGCGGAGCUAGUGGCGGCGGUCCGGCGGCGCGGGCGCGGCGACGCGAGCGACGACGACGAAGACCUCGGCCUCCCGCGGAGCCCGCCGGCGUCCCCGCCCACAGACAAGGCUGAUAAGGUAUGAUGCACUGACAAUGUA